AGCACUGACGCUUGUAGCUUUAACAAGAAGGAGAUACCGCAUCCUGAGCUUGCGCCAUACAGCUGCCAACUGACAUAUUUUAAAUUUUCAACAAGUUUUGUGCAAUAAAAUGCAAGAAGUGUAUUAUUGAUACGUUACAUUGUUGGAUUGUUGGACAAUAUGGAGUCCACACCUGUCAAUUACGAGAGACAAUUAUCAGAGCAGAGCAAUGUGUCUGCUGACUCUGAGUUUUCCUUGGAGGACUAUCAGAAUGAUAUCUAUGAGCAGCUGCCCAGUGUACAGAAAAGGCUGCAGAACAAGGACCAGGCAAAGGAAAUUGAAGUUCACUGGAAUCCCAGUCAACCACUGAAGAUGUUGCCCCUGUGUAUGCAGGAAAAGAGGAUCCUCAGGGAUAGAAAAAACUUAGAGAGACACAGAAUUGGUUACUGGGCGUCAUGGAAGUGGAGUCAGGAAACUGCAAGACGUCGAAUGAGGGUGCAGAUGAGGAGGGCCAUGUCAAAAUUACUGCUGUGGAAAACCACCCUCCAUAACAUCGAAGGGAGAUUUGGUGUCGGGGUGAAGGCGUACUUUGUGUUCCUUCGGUACUUGCUGUUCUUAAACUUUCUGAACUGUGCCAUCAUUGCUGGUUCUGUUUUAAGUCCCACUCUGUACAGCAGGACCACAAGCACUCACAUGCCCUUUUUCCAAGACUUCAGAGACAAUGGUACAUUUUUGGACAUUUUUCUGGGCUCAGGCUUUAUGGAACGAUCUCCAGUUUUCUAUGGUUUCUACACAAAUCACGAUUUAGGCACAAAAUGUCUGAACACGGCUCUCCUCUUUUUCUUUGGAAUGCUCACCAUACUGCUCCUUAAUCUCAUCAUGAUAAUACGCAGGAUGGUGGUGGGUUACAAGAACACAUGGCUGACUGGCAUUAAUUUCAAUUCAAAUAUGAGCUUUAAGGUCUUCUGUGGAUGGGAUUUCUGUAUCCGGGAGCCUGAAGCAGCCUUCCUUAAACACAACCUAAUAAGAAAUGAACUGAAGAUGGACCUUGAAGAGCAGCUGUUUCGUAAGAAAGUCUUGGGGCGUUCGCUAAAGCAAUGGAUUCUCCUGUACACCCUGCGCAUUGUUCUCAACUUUGUGGUGUUAGUUCUUCUGGGUGGCUCCAUCUAUCUGAUCCAUUAUACCACACUGGAAUCAAAUAGUAAUAAUACAGAAAUAGUAACAGGAAAGCGCCAUGCAUCACAAAAAGCCAAGGCUCCUGAGCUCGACAGAACUUCAGCUCUACAGAAUCUCCUGAGUGGCUACCUUUCUCCCAUUACAAUUACAGUAGUCAAUUUUGUGAUGCCACACUUUUUUUCUGCUAUCACAGUGUAUGAAGACUACUCCCUCACAACACAACUUAAUGUCAGUUUAGUUCGGAGUAUUGUGCUGAAACUCGGAAGCUUAGCCAUUUACCUCAUCUUCCUGUAUAGCAAACUAAAGGACAAAUCGUGUGGAGUGACUGAGUUUGGAAAGGAAAUGUAUAAGCUCACUAUAUUUCAACUCUUGGCAUUUUUCUGCAAUACGUUCUUGGUGGCAUAUCCUAGAAAGUUGUUGGUGGAGAAAUGCUUAUCCUCUAAUUUGUUAAGGAGAUUGGGCAAACAGCAGUUUGUGAUCCAGCUGAACGUGUUAGAUCUGGUGUACAGUCAGACAGUCACUUGGGUGGGAGUUUUUUCUUGUCCUCUCCUGCCAGCCAUCAGCAUUAUAAAGCUUGUGGCAAUCUUCUACAUCAGCAAAUUCAAUCUGUUGCGAUGUUGCGACCCAGCUCGUAAAAUUUUCAGAACUGCCAGUUCUUCGGUUCUGUUUCAUUUAAUGCUCUUGCUGGGCCUCAUCAUGUCCGCCAUCAGUCUUUGUGUCAGCGUACUGAAAAGUGAAAACGGCAUUUGUGGCCCUUUUCAAGUGAACCAGACUUUGCAUAAUGUGACCAAAAUCUGUGUUGAUACACUCCCGUCUGCUGCACAGGAAGGCAUACGUUACAUGACAUCUGAAGCUUUUGCAUUCAUUCUCAUAUUAACAGAGAUUAUUGUUCUGACGUCUUAUGUGUCUCGUGGACAAUCCAAUAAGAAGGCCAUGGAGAGGCUCAAGGACAUGCUUGUUAUGUGCAGCUCAGACAAGCGUUAUCUGGUAAAGCAUCAAGCCACAUUGCUCAGGCGACAGAAGAGCAUCAAGCGCUCUAAAAUAGCAGCCUCAAAGCAGUGAAAGGAUUCUUCUGUACUAGAGAGCACAAGUCUCACCUCUGUAUUGCUUAAUCUAACCAACAUGGACCUUGGAGCUAUAAUGCAACUGUCUACAAAACAUACUGUAUGCAAAAGAAUAAGCUACACUCUGCUUAUAUAUAUAUAUAUAUAUAUAUAUAUAUAUAUAUAUAUAUAUAUAUAUAUAUAUAUAUAUAUAUAUAUAUAUAUAGUGAAACUGAGUUUGUCCAAUAUUUUGUCAGUCAUGCUUGAGCAAAAGGUGUCAGCACUUUUAAUGUUCUCUUAAAUGUAUUGUAUGUUUGAUGUAGAUCAAAUUAGUGAUUUACAAAUGUGCUGCCUCUUAUAAUCCUUCUGCAAAUGAAAUGCUAUGAGCUAGUCUACGCAGUGUAAGCAUAAUACGUUAUGUUUUCAACAUUUUUUACAAUUUAUAUAUUUUGAUAUUUUUCUACUUGUAAUAGCAAACACAGUGUAUAAUGUAACGUUAAUGUAACACAUGUUAAUGUAUAAUGUCAAACGAGAAAAACAUAGUUACAUGAAGUACCACAAUAAUGUAAUGGCUGCAUUAUUAAUAUAUUUGAUACAUUAUUUUGGUAUAGCAAACAUAGUUACCAUGAACUAGGGCAGUACAACUGUAGUGUCAUGUUUCAGAGUUACCCUAGUAGUUACCCUAGUAGUUACCCUAGUCAAUCAUCAGCGAAUCUUUAUAAGAGAUUACUAAAUUUGACAUCUGACAAAAGGAGUCCAACUCAUUAUAUGAACAAAACUCUGCACACAAAAAGUAAGGAUUCUGCAGGUGAUUUAUAAUUAUUUUUUAUAAAUCACCUGCAGAAUCCUUACUUUUUGUGUGCAUGGAUAUAAUGGAAAUAAUUGCAUGGAUCAGAUCAUAUGCCUGGUUCAACUCAGGGAAGAAGUAGCAUGUAAGUUCCUUUAUUACAUGUACUCAAGCUAAAGGCAGUGUGACAGCUGGAAAAACUGUACAAAUGACUAUAUUUAUUAAUGUAUAAAUGUGUGUCAAUAUAUAAAUAUAUAUAUG